AUGACCCGACGGCACCUCUCCGCAAUCGCGCCCUCAUGCAGUAUUGCGCACCGCUCUAGCCCAAAGCUGAUAGCCCAAGCGCGCGUACAGCAUGCAAAAACACUCUAUGUGGUCGGGGGGAUGUAUGGAAACCCACAAGCGCUGGAUGCUAUCGAGGACAUGCUGCAGGAGGAGAGGGGGGACGUUGACGUUCUGUUCAAUGGGGAUUUCAACUUCUUCAAUGCGAACUUGGAGGAUCUCGACCUGAUCAACAGGAGGAUCAUGCGGUUUUACUCGGCUACUGCUGGCAACAUCGAAAUCUCCAUCUCCUCAGAAGAGAGGGGGUCGGAAGGAUGUGGCUGCGAUUAUCCCAGCUAUGUCUCUAGAGAUGUCGUCGCGCGUUCAGACCUCAUUGUCAAGAAGCUCGGAGAGGUUGCGGGUAACCUGGACGCUGACGUUCUCUCCUGGCUGAGAGCUCUGAGCCCUUUCGCCAACUACUGCAUCGGGGGGGCUCGCGUGGCGAUCCUCCAUGGCGAUCCGCAUUCCCUUUCGGGCUGGUCCCUCGCAGUGGAAAACCUGGAGACUUCUUCGGAGGCGUUCCGCCGAAGACACGGCUGUGAAAGUCAUCCGACUACAACUUUACGUGGGUCAAACCAACACUGUGAUGCUCAUGACUGGAUGCAAGCUGCCGAUGCUGACAUGUUCGCCUGCACACACACGUGCUUGCCGUUCGCGCAGCGCGUCUACGAGGGACCGGAGAGCUUCAAGGCAAUCUUCAACAACGGAUCUGCUGGGAUGGCAAAUUUCUCGGGACAACCCUAUGGGCUUUUGACUCGAAUCUCCGAAUCUCUGGAUAUUCCCAAAGGAUCGAUCUACGGCUGUAAGCAGGGCGAGGCGCGAGUGGAUUGCCUGCCUGUUCAGUUUCAUCACAAAGAAUUUGUUGAGUGGUUUUUGAAGACAUGGCCUAGUGGCAGUCCAGCGCAUACGAGCUACUUCACACGUGAGCUGCGUUUCCCUCAUCUUCUGAUGACAUGA